AUUUGUCUGGAACAAGAAAUCAAACAAAUACAGUACAAGUUUCAGAUUAUGAUAUAAGCCAAGAAUUGGCUGGAGUUCCAUCUCUCCAGAUUUUUCCUGAAAGCUCGUAUUUCGAUAUUAUUUGAGUUUGAUUCAUAAGAAUUGACCAAUAAAGUUACUCUGCUACAACAAGUCUUUGUUUAACCUGUGAAAGAUAUCUAUAUAUAUAUAUAUAUAUAUAUAUAUAAAUAAGCUUCGUCGGCCACAAAGUUUAGGAAUUUCUGGCACCCAACAAUGAAGCAAACAGCAACGGGUAUGAGGAAGUACGAAUCCAUUGACCAUGGAAUCUCACUUCUUGAUAGCGCCAGAGCUCGAAGGAGGUGGAGAUUUGCCUUUACAGCGAUAUACUCCAUCCGGGCCAUGCUAUCUCUUGCCGUGUCCAAAAGGGAUGACUAUUACAACUCCGGCAUGUUCGAGUUCGGUUCCUACAUGGGGAUCGAUAUGGAGCCAAGGUACGCUGCAGGGACGAUAGAAACCAUGAAGAUCAAUAGCAAACAUGAAGCCUUGAAACGUUGGCACGUUGCCUACGCAACGAUCUCGUUCGUUCAGAGAUUGAUCUCCCUCGUCGAUCAAGAUAUUAUAUCCGACAAACAGGAUUUGGUCAACUUUGAGAUCUUACAGGAAGAGUCCGAUGUGGUUGAUGUUAAUGAAAUAAGCUGCAGCAAAGUUGAUCAGAAGAAGCUGAUUGAAAUGGUGAAGAACAAAAACAUGGUGGCUCUGCGUGAGUUAGGGGAAGCUGCAGCCAUUGCCACUUCUCUUGGAACAAAUCCAGAGAAUGGAAUCAACGACAAUGGUGACGAUGUGAGCAAGCGUCGCGACAUGUUCGGUUCGAACACUUACCACAAGCGACCCCCAAAGAGUUUCUUUCAUUUUGUUGUGGAAGCUUUCAAGGACACCACCAUUCUCAUUUUACUUGUAUGUGCGGCUCUGGCGCUUGGGUUUGGAAUAAAAGAACAUGGAAUUCAAGAAGGAUGGUAUGAAGGAGGGAGCAUAUUUGUAGCUGUUGGGUUGGUUGUUGUGGUGUCAGCAAUCAGUAACUUCAGACAGGAGAUGCAAUUCGAGAAGCUAUCGAAAAUAAGUAACAAUAUCAAAGUGGAGGUGCUGCGAGAUGAAAGACGCAUACAAGUUUCCAUCUUCGAUAUCGUGGUCGGAGAUGUGGUGGUUCUAAGGCUAGGGGACCAAAUUCCAGCUGAUGGGUUGUUCUUAAAUGGCCAUUCUUUGCAUGUGGAUGAGUCAAGCAUGACAGGAGAGAGUGAUCAUUUGGAACUCAACUCCACAGAGAACCCCUUCUUGUUGUCUGGAACAAAAGUAGUCAAUGGACAUGGCCAAAUGCUGGUGACAUCAGUGGGAAUGGACACAGCAUGGGGUGAGAUGAUGAGCUCGAUAUCUCGGGAUUCUGAGGAACAAACACCAUUACAAGUUCGUCUUAACAAAUUGACCUCUUUUAUAGGGAAGGUAGGUCUCUCUGUUGCUUUCCUGGUUUUAGUUGUGAUGUUAGCACGCUACUUCACAGGAAACACAACAGACGAUUUUGGGAAUCAGGAGUACAAAGGUCGAAAAACGGAUGUAGACGAUGUGCUCAAUGCAGUUAUCCGUAUAGUUGCUGCUGCAGUUACCAUAGUAGUGGUUGCAAUCCCUGAAGGCUUGCCAUUGGCUGUGACACUAACACUAGCUUACUCUAUGAAGAGAAUGAUGGCAGAUCAGGCAAUGGUGAGGAAUCUGUCAGCUUGUGAAACAAUGGGAUCAGCAACUGUGAUUUGCACUGACAAAACAGGUACUUUAACACUAAACCAAAUGAAAGUGACCAAAUUUUGGCUUGGCCAAGAAUUCUUCGAGGAGGAAAACUCUUCCAAUACCAUAGGAGAGGGUGUUCAUGAGUUAAUAAACCAAGGGGUUGGCUUGAAUACAACAGGAAGUGUCUACAAAUCUUCAUCAUCAGAAUCCAAAACUGAAAUUUCUGGUAGUCCAACUGAGAAAGCGAUUCUCUCUUGGGCUGUAACAGAAUUUAGUAUGGACAUGGAAAAGUUGAAGAAAUCAUACGCCAUUCUUCAUGUGGAAACCUUCAACUCAGAGAAGAAAAGGAGUGGGGUUUUGGUAAAAAGAAUAGCCGAUAACACAAUCUAUCAACAUUGGAAAGGAGCUGCUGAGAUGAUCCUUUCAAUGUGUUCAAGUUACUUAGAAAAAAAUGGUAAAACAUAUCCCUUAGAUAGUGAUAACCAAAGGAAAAUUGAGAAUGUAAUCCAAGGAAUGGCAGCAAGUAGCCUAAGAUGCAUUGCCUUUGCUUAUAGACAAAUCUCAGAAGAAGAGGAAAACAACACCACACCAAUUGCCUCAAACUUGAAAGAAGAUGGCUUUACUUUAAUGGGAAUAGUUGGCAUUAAGGAUCCAUGUAGACCGGGGGCAAAAAAAGCUGUGGUAGCAUGUAAAUCAGCUGGAGUUUCCAUCAAAAUGAUCACAGGAGACAACAUUUUCACAGCAAAAGCUAUAGCCACAGAAUGUGGAAUAUUAGAUUUUGAUCACCACAACUCAGCAAGCAGCGGAGAAGUGAUAGAAGGUUCUGAAUUCCGAAACUACUCAGACGAAGAGAGACUACAGAGAGUUGAUCAAAUCAAGGUGAUGGCAAGAUCCACUCCAUUUGACAAGCUUUUGAUGGUCCAAUGCUUAAAACAAAAAGGCCAUGUCGUGGCCGUAACUGGAGAUGGCACGAACGAUGCUCCGGCUCUUAAAGAAGCCGACAUAGGUCUCUCGAUGGGCAUUGAAGGCACAGAGGUUGCAAAGGAGAGUUCAGACAUAGUUAUAUUGGAUGAUAACUUCGCCACAGUAGCCACAGUCUUGAGGUGGGGAAGAUGUGUAUAUAACAAUAUCCAAAAAUUUAUCCAAUUUCAAUUAACAGUCAACGUAGCAGCUCUCACAAUUAACUUCGUAGCAGCAGUAUCAGCUGGAGAAGUUCCCUUAACAGCAGUUCAAUUAUUAUGGGUAAAUCUCAUAAUGGAUACAUUGGGUGCUCUUGCACUUGCCACUGAGAGACCAAAUGAUGAACUAAUGCACAAACCUCCAGUGGGAAGAACAGAACCCCUUAUAACAAAUGUCAUGUGGAGGAACCUUUUAGCUCAAGCUUUAUACCAAAUAGCAGUACUCUUAGUUUUCCAGUUCCAUGGAAGCACCAUAUUCAAUGUAAGUGAGGGGGUAAAUGAUACACUAAUCUUCAACACUUUUGUUCUCUGCCAAAUCUUUAAUGAGUUCAAUGCAAGGAAACUAGAGAAAAGGAACGUCUUUGAAGGAAUUCUAAAGAAUCAUUUAUUUCUUGGGAUUGUGGGAAUAACAGUUGUUCUACAAGUUGUUAUGGUAGAAUUCCUAAAGAUAUUUGCAGAUACAGUAAAUCUAAAUGGUUGGCAGUGGGGACUUUGCAUUGCCAUUGCAGCUGUGUCUUGGCCAAUUGGUUGGACUGUCAAAUUCUUGCCUGUUUCUGAUAAGCCUUUCCUUAGCUACAUCAAGUGUUUUAAGAGCUGAUCGGUAUAUUGAACCUUUUUCCACUCCCACCUAUUAAAAAACUCAUGAGAAUUAGAUCAAACUCCAACUCUUCCAUGCCCCAAUCCUUAGCCCAUACAUCUUUCAAACAAUAAACGAGAUUUUUCAUUGAUAAAAUAAGAAGAAACAAGAGUUCUUCAACUCGUUUUAUCAGCUGCCUGAGAACAAAGGAUCUAGCACAGAGAAUACAAAGAGAGAUCCCCCCACCCCCCACCCCCCACGAGAAUACAUAUAUCAUAAAGAGAAUGAUAUGAAUUAUCCAGCCAAGGUUUCAAGUCAAACAGCUACCAGGAAAAUCAAGAAAUGGAUAAUAAUAUGCUAGAAAUGGCAUAGAUCUUCAAUGAAGGAAAGAGAGCCUCAUAUCUAUCUACACCAACAACUUUUCAAAUGGGAGAUUGCAUCUUUAGAUAAAACUUUCCAGUGUAAUUUUACAAAUUUUAAGGGCAAAUUGCCCUUUUAGGUCAUGUUUAGUUAGUUAGGGUAGUUUAGUUAUUUGAUAUAAGGCCAAGUCUUUAAUUUAUUAUU